CUUUGCUUUCACAUAAUAAGGGUCAUGCACAUGUUCAGCAUAUUUCAAAUACCACAACAAUAUAUCCUUAAGAGAUGGACAAGACUUGCAAAGUCAGCAGUAUGGGAGAAUGUUCAAGCAGACAAGGACCAAAGCCAAAAUGCACUGUUGUGGACACCAUGGAGACAUGCAAUAACCAAGAAUUUCUACAACCUAGUGUCAAUAUGUCAAUCAAAUGAGGAUGCAAGAACAUUAUGUGACAAGUCGUUGAAGGAAUUAUACAAAUCAGUGAAAGAAGUUUUCAAGACCGAUCAACAAAAACAACAAGAAAUCGAAGACGAAGAACUACGAAGACAAACAGUUGAAAAUCCUGAGGUGAUAAAGACAAAAGGAAGACCCCCAAAGGGAAACAAGAGAGUAAAAGGACAUUUUGAGAAGCGUAAAAUGAAGACAAGGCAUCCGAACGAAUAUGGAACAAAAACCCCAAAUGUACCUCAAGUUGAAUAGUGUUCAAAUAAUAUUAGUUUUCAAUUGUAUUCCAGUCAGUAAUUGUAUUAAAUUUACACUUGUUUAUUUCUAAGCUACUCGAAAUUCAGUAAUAUUAGUAUUUAUUGUCCUUCAGUUAGACUUGUUUAUUUUUCAGCUAGUGUUUCUAGUGCUUCA